AUGGGUUCAGGUCCCAUAGACCCCAAAGAGCUUCUCAAGGGCCUGGACAGCUUCCUUAACCGAGAUGGUGAAGUCAAGAGUGCGGACGGGAUUUCCAAGAUCUUCAGCCUGAUGAAGGAGGCACGGAAGAUGGUGAGUCGGUGCACUUACUUGAACAUUCUCCUGCAGACCCAGUCAUCAGAAGUAUUGGUCAAGUUUAUUGAUGUCGGUGGCUACAAGCUUCUUAACAAUUGGCUGACAUAUUCAAAGACAACCAACAACAUUCCCCUGUUGCAGCAAAUUCUGUUGACCUUACAGCACCUACCACUCACCGUGGACCAUCUCAAGCAGAACAACACAGCCAAACUGGUGAAGCAACUGAGCAAGUCAAGUGAGGAUGAAGAGCUCCGGAAGUUGGCCUCCGUCCUCGUCAGCGACUGGAUGGCUGUCAUCCGCUCCCAGAGCAGUGCCCAGCCUGCUGAGAAAGAUAAGAAAAAGCGAAAAGAAGAGGGAAAGGGCCGGACCACCCCCCCUGAUCGACCUUUAACUGAGGUGAAGGCUGAGCCCCGGGCUGAGGAAGCCCCUGAGAAGAAGAAGGAGAAGCCUAAGUCUCUGCGAACCACAGCGCCCAGUCACGCCAAGUUCCGCUCCACUGGACUAGAGCUGGAGACCCCGUCUUUGGUGCCUGUGAAGAAGAACGCCAGUGCCGUGAUGGUUUCUGACAAAUACAACCUUAAGCCUAUUCCCCUCAAGCGUCAGAGCUCCGCAGCUGCCCCAGGAGAACCUGCGCCCCACGCAGAGAAGAAGUACAAGCCACUCAACACCACACCCAACGCCACCAAAGAGAUCAAAGUGAAGAUCAUCCCGCCACAGCCUAUGGAGGGCCUUGGCUUCCUGGAUGCGCUCAACUCAGCCCCUGUUCCAGGCAUCAAAAUUAAGAAGAAGAAGAAGGUGCUGUCACCCACAGCUGCCAAGCCAAGCCCAUUUGAAGGGAAAACAAGCACAGAGCCAAGCACAGCCAAACCUUCUUCCCCAGAGCCAGCGCCUCCUGAGGCGAUGGACACAGACCGUCCAGGGACCCCAGUGCCCCCUGUGGAGGUCCCAGAGCUCCUGGAUGCAGCCUCUUUGGAGCCAGGCGCUCUGGAUACAAAACCAGUGGAGAGUCCUGGCGAUGCCGGCCAGCUGACGCGGAAAGGCAGGAAGAGGAAGACGGUGACGUGGCCUGAGGAGGGCAAGCUGAGGGAAUACUUCUAUUUUGAACUGGAUGAAACUGAACGAGUAAAUGUGAAUAAGAUCAAGGACUUUGGCGAGGCUGCUAAGCGAGAGAUACUGUCAGACAGACAUGCAUUUGAGACGGCCCGGCGUCUGAGCCAUGACAACAUGGAGGAGAAGGUGCCGUGGGUGUGCCCCCGGCCCCUGGUUCUGCCCUCCCCGCUCGUCACCCCUGGAAGCAACAGCCAGGAGCGGUACAUCCAGGCCGAGCGGGAGAAGGGAAUCCUUCAGGAGCUCUUCCUGAACAAGGAAAGCCCUCACGAGCCAGAUCCUGAACCCUACGAGCCUGUCCCCCCGAAGCUCAUCCCCUUGGACGAGGAAUGUUCUAUGGAUGAGACUCCAUAUGUUGAGAUCCUGGAGCCUGGGGAGGCCGGUGGCUCACCUGAUGGGGCAGGUGGCUCCAAGUUGCCUCCUGUUCUGGCCAAUCUCAUGGGAAGCAUGGGUGCUGGAAAGAGCCCCCAGGGUCCCGGAGGAGGAGGCAUCAAUGUCCAGGAGAUUCUCACCUCUAUCAUGGGUAGCCCAAAUAGUCACCCCUCAGAGGAGCUGCUGAAGCAACCAGACUACUCAGACAAGAUCAAGCAGAUGCUGGUACCACAUGGCCUCUUAGGCCCCGGCCCCAUGGCCAAUGGUUUCCCACAAGGAGGCCCUGGGGUCCCCAAGGGAAUGCAGCACUUCCCCCCUGGCCCAGGGGGGCCUAUGCCAGGUCCCCAUGGAGGCCCUGGAGGCCCUGGGGGGCCAGUGGGUCCACGUCUCCUAGGCCCACCCCCCCCUCCCCGGGGUGGUGAUCCCUUCUGGGAUGGCCCUGCUGACCCCAUGCGGGGCGGGCCGAUGCGGGGCGGGCCGGGGCCCGGGCCCGGGCCUGGGCCAUACCACAGAGGCCGCGGUGGUCGAGGGGGCAAUGAGCCUCCUCCCCCUCCUCCUCCAUUUCGAGGGGCCAGAGGAGGUCGCUCUGGGGGACCCCCAAACGGACGAGGGGGCCCCGGUGGGGGCAUGGGUGGAGGACACCGUCCCCACGAAGGCCCUGGCGGGGGCAUGGGCAGUGGCAGUGGCCAUCGUCCUCAUGAAGGUCCUGGUGGGAACAUGGGUGGAAAUGGUGGACAUCGCCCCCAUGAAGGUCCUGGACACGGGGGACCCCAUGGCCACCGGCCUCAUGAUGUCCCCGGUCACCGAGGCCAUGACCAUCGAGGACCACCCCCUCACGAGCACCGUGGCCAUAAUGGCCCUGGCCACGGAGGAGGGGGCCACCGAGGGCACGAUGGAGGCCACAGCCAUGGAGGAGACAUGUCCAACCGCCCCGUCUGCCGACACUUCAUGAUGAAGGGCAACUGCCGCUAUGAGGACAGCUGUGCCUUCUACCACCCGGGGGUCAAUGGGCCCCCCCUGCCCUGA